AUGUUUGGACAUCCUGGAAUCAGUGCGAUGGAGUUUGCGGGGACGCAGGACCAGCAGCAGCGUCUGGCAAAGAGGAAGGCUGUGGGUUGGAAAACCCUGAUUGGAAAACGCACGUCGCCGACGCACGACGAUAAUACAGCUGAACCUCAACCCGCCAGCGCAAAUAUGUAUGAGGCUGAGACCGGGGAGCUACACACCGUCCUGCAGCACGAGCUGAGUUGUCAGCAGAGACGGAGAGGUAUGUUUAUGAACCAUACCCCUAGAAAGUUUGAGAUAGAAGCCAAGAAGCAGGAAAGUCAGAGGGGUUCUGAGGAAGUUUUAUCGAGAGCAGGAACUUCAUGUCUGGGUAGUGAGAAAGGGGACUCGUUCACACCGUUGCUUCAGGAUUGGGAGUUGGCGGGUUUUGGCUGUCAAGAGCAGGACCCGGUAAGGAAGAGGACUAAUGAGAUUCUAUCUCGCGAACAGACUGAGUAUCCAGAGUCUUCUUUUGCGAAUUCUUUGGCUGGAAAACUUACACGUCCUUCUCCGUUGGAUUUCUCUACGCCGAAUAACAGUCAAAAGGUGGAGCUGGGCGCGUCCAACGAAGACCGCCAAGGACCUGAGAAGCGUCGACGACGCCAGUCCCCCUAUCGAGACUGUGCUCCAGUUUCUCCAAUUGCAAGUAGAUCUUCGCCGUUAGAGCCCUUUAUCGCUCAGUAUAGUCGUGAGGAAACCGGAAGCAGCACCGAGAUCCCUGUCACAACAGAGAAAAUUGACGCUGUUGCGGUGGUAUCUCAAUCCAGAGCUUGUCAGAAGUCCUCCAACGGCCAGGAGAUUACUUCAUCUAGUCCUAGUAGCCGUUACCUAUCAUCAUACUUACCGAAUAAAUCACUACUAGGCUCCUCCCCAGAACUGCCCCAAUCAAGCAGUUUAAUAGAGCCAACGAGCAUCUUUCCAAUUGAAAAGUCGGGCACUACACGCCAGCCACCAGAAGUACCCUCUCGAAACCCCAGAAGGCUGACAACACCACCUCCCAGACUCCGAAUCCGCAGUGGCUCUCGCACCUCUAACUUAUCUAGCGACUUUGCCGUCGCGCGAGGGAUAUACUCGCCCUACGAUAACAGCCCCGUAGUGUGCUCAAACUUUUGCCGUCGUCGAGUACUGCGACCAGGACAAGCUUCACCAGCUGGAUCCAGCAUCCUUGGACGAAUGGCGCCGCCAAUCUUAGGGCACCAAGCUCUAGCCGCUACCACCGAUCUCAACGAUCUAAAUUCCUACCUCAAAUACACAGGGCCCUCACCCAAGCCACUCAAGCCCACAAUAAAGAAAAAGGUGGGGUUUAGCAUGUUCAAAGUCGGCGGGAAGAAGAGUCUUGAAGCGCGCGUAGGAUCUGUCGAAGGGGCUCCGGAUACUAGCAGGGAUAGACCGAGAGCGACCAUGUCAGCGUGUGCGAGGGAAAUGACAACUUCCAGUGGUGCGAGGCAUUUGCGGAUUGUGAUUCCUUCGGGGGACUUUGAAUACGAUCGAACAAUCACGCUGCCGGUGUCGGGGACUGGUGUGGAUAUGAGUGUGGAUGGGGUUGACGGAAAGAGAAGGUCGAGACAUGUGUCGAUUACUUGGACGGAUGAGAUGCUGAAUCGGUUAGGAAGUCCGGAGCUGGAGCACGCGCUGGAGGAUUUCAAUGCUGUCGAGGUAGAUGCGUCUAAUGUGCCCUGCCUCCCUAUUCGUAGCCCGAAGAGGAGUCUAGCAGUGUCGAAGCCAGUGCCGGUGCCGGUGGACGAUCAUCCGUUGGUGAUGGCGACGAGGGAGGAGCAGACUAAGGCUAAGAAGCUGAGGGAUCGGAAGAGGAUAAAGAUGAAGGAUGUAAUGGUUUCUACGACGCUCUUAACCCCUGUUCCGUCUCCAGUGAUAGAUCAUGGCGAACAUAUGGAUGUAGUGGAGGAAGAAGGAGAGAAGGAGAAAUAUGUUAUUAGGAAGAUGGUGAAGUUGCAGGAUAGGGUUGAGGCGCUGCAGAAGCAGAAUAUUGAGUUGGUGAGGGCGUUAGCAGAGAUUGUUGGGGUGGACAUUGAGGGCAGGGAGGGGGAUGUGGAGGGGAUGUUGAGGAGAUAUAGGGAAUUGAAGAGGGAUUGGGUGAGAUCUGGGAAUGACAGGCAGAGCGGAAGAGGAAUGGAGCCUAAAGAAGUAGGGGACUAG